AACCAUGACGGACUACCUAGACACGUGGAGAGCCAUGGAGAAGCUGGUGGACAAGGGCCUAGUCAGGUCUAUCGGCGUCUCCAACUUCAAUAAACAACAACUGGAGAGGAUUCUCAAAAUGGACGGUCUCAAGUACAAGCCUGCGAAUAGCCAGGUGGAGAUAACUCCAUAUCUGGCAGAGGACGAACUUCUGCAGUUCUCCCUCAAGAACGGCAUCUCAACUACAGCCUAUGCUCCGUUCGGGGCGCCGGGACAGAACUAUGUACCCAAGGAUGCUCCAAAGACCCUUGAAGACCCGACCAUUGUCGAAAUAGGAACGAAAUACAACAAAUCUUCGGCUCAGGUGAUCCUCAGAUAUGGCAUACAGAGAGGCUAUGCUGUAAUUCCCAAGAGUACGAAUCCAGCUCAUCUGGCCCAGAACAUGGAUAUAUUUGACUUCAAGCUCAGUGAGGAGGAUAUGAAGACAAUGCUAGCUCUGGACAGAGGCCUUAGAAACAACUAUCAAAAAUUCGAAUGGAAAGAUCAUCCCUUCUUUCCCUAUAAGGAGUGACCUUGGACGGCGCUGAAGAUCACACGGUCAGACAAUCUACGGGGUCGAGGACGACUAUUAUCUGCACCAGUUGUUCCUGAUAUGUGUGUGAUCGUCUUCAAUGUGUAGCAAACACCGUUCAUAAUUUAUGGCUAGAGGGGAUGAUGAUGAUUUUAAGGGGGUGGGCAACCAUUUGUCCUGGGGAGCAUAAUUACACAACAAAUGUACACACCGAUUCAUUCACCUUUGUAAUAAUGGGGCGACUUGUGCUUGCUUUAAUGGCGUUCUUAAAAUCCUUAAAAUGGUGCUCUGUAUAAAUGGUACAAAAGUGGAUAUAUUGUACCUUCGCGUAACUUUUUAUGUUACAAGGAAUAUUACAAACAAAACAAUAGUUUGAUUAACCGAGUUUAUCCUGUGUUAUACAAUUAUUCAAAUUGCUGAACCAAUAUGUAAUGGUUGUUGCUGCAGUAGUAUAAACAAUGGGGGUACGGGACCAGCCUAUAUAAGGCAAGGAAUCAAUAAGUAUCCAUUCCUAACUCAUAUUAAUUUAUAAAUCCAUAACACAACUACUUUUCAUCUCCCCUGUAAAAAGUAA